AUGUGGCAUCAGCAUAUUCUGGACAUUGGUAACUACUGCAUCGAUAUGAUGAUGCUAUGUGGUCGAGUAGUCUUGCACAAUCCUGAUGGAGCAGCAUUGGAUACCCAAGCAAAGAAAGCAAGGGACGACUUUAAAACACGCGAUGAAUUGACUAAGAAAUUUGGAUCAGAGAAUGUAGACCGUGCAGUUUGGGACUUUCCAAAGGCUAGCAACUGUAUUGCCAGUGUUCGCUCCCGUAGAGCAAUCAAUGGAAUCCUGACAGAUAAUGAACCAAUCAAGUUUUCCAUUAAGGACCAAGCCGGUGAAGUGAUAUUUUUCAUGAUCAAAAGAAAUACUACAAUGGGUAAAGCAUUCAAUGCGUAUGCUCAAAGAAAGGGAAUAAAGAGACUUGAUUUAGUAUUUCUUUUGGAUGGCGACAAAGUUAAGGACCACGAAACUCCGAAUUCUCUCGAAAUGACUGACGAUGAAUACUUGGAUGCGAUCCUGGAUAAAUGUGGAUGCUAG